UUGGAAAGAUGAAGACCAGCGUCGCUCUGCUGCUGAUAAAUACAGUAGCUUUAUUUCAAUCUAGUGAAUUGAGUUCACAAUCAUCUCAGGAUCCCGGAACUUCUAGUUCUGGAAGAAAAAAUUCUCGAGCUUCUAGCUCUGAGAGUACAAAUUCUCGAGCUUCUAGUUCUGGAACUAAUCAUUCUUCUCUAAACUACAUAAAGGGACUCUAUAUUCCAAACGGUAAAGAAAUAUGGCUCAAGGACAAAAUCAUUGCAAAAGAGGAAGAUGGUGUCUAUCGCCCAUUCUUGCACUUAACGGAAUUUGCUAUACUUCGUGCAUUGCAUAAUAGGAAGAAACCAUUUGAUAUAGGAUUUAAGGUUGUACGCGUUACCCAACAAGAAUGGCUAAAUUAUAUCGCUGAAUAUGCUUCUAAACAAAAAAGGCCCUCGAUACUUUAUAGCGGCAGGAGCACGGUAAUGGAGUUAACUAAGGCUAAACGUCAGGCUGUAGAGGAGUUGAUAAUGGAGCGCCAAAGGGUCGCUGCAUUUGAUGAACUAUAUAAGUUUGACAAACAAAAGGGCUGGCAGCAAUAA